AUGCUUUCGAAAGAACACUGUGAAGAUUCCUUCAGCAUCCUGAGGAUGAAGAGUCGUGCCGCCUUCACCAAGGUGUCCAUAUGUCUGAGAAAACAAGCCCACCGUCACCCCCCAGACCCACCUGCCCACCGGUCACACCCCCAGCCCACCUGCCCACCGUCACCCCCCAGACCCAACCUGCCAAGCGUCACCCCCAGACCCACCUGCCCACACGUCACCCCCCAGACCCACCUGCCCACCGUCACCUCCCCAGACCCACCGCCCACCGCACCCCCAGACCCACCUGCCGCGACCGUCCCACCCCCCAGACCCACCAUGCCCACCGUCACCCCCCAGACCCACCUGCCCACGUCACCCCCCAGACCCACCUGCCCACCGUCACCCCCCAGACCCACUGCCCACGUCACCCCCAGACCCACCUGCCCACCGUCACCCCCCAGAGCCCACCUGCCCACCGUCACCCCCCAGGGACUCCACCUGCCCACCGUCACCCACCCAGACCCCCUGCCCACGUCACCCCCCCAGACCCAACCUGCCCACCGUCACCCCCAGACCCACCUGCCCACCGUCACCCCCCAGACCACCUGCCCACCGUCACCCCCCAGACCCACCGUCACCCCCAGACCCACCUGCCGCACGUCACCCCCCAGACCCACCUGCCCACCGUCACCCCCCAGGGACCACCUGCCACCGUCACCCCCCAGACCCACCUGCCACCGUCCACCCCCCAGACCCACCUUGCCCACCCGUCACCCCACAGACCCACCUGCCCACCGUCACCCCCAGACCCACCUGCCACCGUCAUCCCCCCAGACCCACCUGCCCACCGUCACCCCCCAGACCCACCUGCCCACCGUCACCCCCCAGACCCACCUGCCCACCGUCACCCCCCAGACCCACCUGCCCACCGUCACCCCCCCAGACCCACCUGCCCACCGUCACCCCCCAGACCCACCUGCCCACCGUUCACCCCCCAGACCCACCUGCCCACCGUCACCCCCCAGACCCACCGCCCACCGCACCCCCCCAGACCCACCUGCCACCGUCACCCCCCAGACCCACCUAGCCCCACCGUCACCCCCCAGACCCACCUGGCCCACCGUCACCCCCCAGACCCACCUGCCCACCGUCACCCCCCCAGACCCCACCCUGCCCACCGUCACCCCCCAGACCCACCUGCCCCACCGUCACCCCCAGACCCAACCUGCCCACCGUCACCCCCCAGACCCACCUGCCCACCGUCACCCCCCAGACCCACCUGCCCACCGUCACCACCCAGACCCACCUGCCCACCGUCACCCCCCAGACCCACCUGCCCACCGUCACCCCAGACCCCACCUGCCCACCGUCACCCCCCAGACCCCACCUGCCCACCGUCACCCCCCAGACCCACCUGCCCACC